CCUCAGGGAUGAUGGUCGUUGUUUGUUGUUGGGUGAACUGGAGGCUCCCGCCACCCCACGCGGCGGUUCGCCGGUGGCAAGUGCAGCCAGGCGCCCUGGUUUAAUACUUCUCCUUGGCUGUGGUUGGCUGCUACCCAACAAAAAAUCCCAUCAAGAGAUGAUCCAAAUCAUGUCUAAAAAGUUGCACAACUUGACAAAAUGCCAACCCAGAAACUGUCGCAAAACAAACAAACCUCCCUCAAAUGGAGAAAUACAAAAACAUCACUAUACUUCCACAACAAAAAGUGAGCAACUUCUUCACGAGAGAGAGAGAGAGAGAGAGAGAGAGAAAGAGAAUGAGUCCCUCUUCUACCUUCCUCUUGCUACUUCUCUAGAGAGAGAAUGAAUCCCUCUUCUACCUUCCUCUUGCUACUUCUCUUCACCAUCAAUAUAACGACGGUGAAAUCGAUCCCUGCUUUCUUCCCAAUAGGAGCCUACCAAUCCUCUCUUACAAAACGAGAUGUGGCUCCGAAAGAAUCGAAGCCAAAGACACCAUACAAGGUCCAUUACUUUCCUCAGCUUCUGGACCAUUUUACCUUCAAACCCCAGAGCUCCAAGAUUUUUCACCAGAAGUAUCUCAUCAAUAGCCAUUACUGGCACCAUGGAGGCCCCAUCUUCGUCUACACUGGCAAUGAAGGGGAUAUUGAGUGGUUUGCAGCCAACACUGGCUUCAUGCUUGACAUUGCUCCCAAGUUCCAUGCCCUCCUGCUUUUCAUUGAACACAGGUUUUAUGGAGAAUCAAUGCCAUUUGGGAAGGACUCCUACAAAUCUGCGAAGACAUUGGGGUACUUGAAUUCACAGCAAGCCUUGGCUGAUUUCGCACUUCUGAUCAGGAGUUUGAAGCAGAAUCUGUCUACUGAGGCUUCCCCUGUUGUGGUCUUUGGUGGGUCUUAUGGAGGAAUGUUGGCAGCCUGGUUUAGACUGAAAUACCCUCAUAUAGCACUUGGGGCUUUAGCAUCUUCUGCCCCAAUCUUGCAGUUUGAAGACAUAACUCCAUGGUCAAGCUUCUAUGACGCCGUUUCCCAGGAUUACAAGGAUGCAAGCUUGAAUUGCUUUGAGGUGAUAAAGGGGAGCUGGCAAGAACUGGAAGAUCUGUCAACUCAGAAAGAAGGAUUGACAGAACUCAGCAAAACCUUCAGAACUUGCAAGAAUCUUCAAUCGAUGUAUUCUGUUCGAAACUGGUUGUGGACUGCUUUUGUUUAUACAGCCAUGGUCAAUUAUCCCACCAAUGCCAAUUUCAUGAUGCCAUUACCUGCUUAUCCCGUGCAAGCGAUGUGCAAUAUUAUCGAUGGAUUGUCACCUACGGCGACAAAGCUUAGCAGAGCUUUCGCAGCCGCAAGCUUGUAUUACAACUAUUCACAGACAGAAAAAUGUUUCAACUUGGAAAGUGGGACUGAUGCUCAUGGCCUCCAUGGUUGGGACUGGCAGUCGUGUACAGAGAUGGUCAUGCCAAUGACUCUUUCCCAUGAGAGCAUGUUUCCUCCAUCUUCCUUCGAUUACAAGGAAUUUGCAGAGAAUUGCAGGAAGAAUUAUGGAGUUACGCCUCGGCCACACUGGAUUACUACAGAAUUUGGUGGCAACAAAAUAGAGCAAGUGCUGAAAAGAUCAGGUAGUAACAUAAUAUUUUCCAAUGGAAUGCAAGAUCCUUGGAGCAGAGGCAGUGUGCUCAAGAACAUAUCAGCUAGCAUUGUAGCAUUGGUGACCAAGAAAGGGGCUCAUCAUGUCGAUCUUCGAUCUGCAACAAAGGAAGAUCCGGACUGGCUUGUUGAGCAGAGGAGGCAAGAAGUGGAGAUCAUUCAGAAGUGGAUAGAUCAGUACUAUAUGGAUAUAAAACAAGCAUGAAAGAUCCCUCUUUUUUGACUGAAGAUAUGCAAAUUCCCACUUUUUGUGUUGUUUUAUGGUGAUGAAGGGUGCUUUUAGCAUUCACUUUGUAUUAAGACUCAAAUGUACACGAAACUUGUGUUU